AUGGAGCGCGAGCUCGGUGCCUCCGAAGCCGCCCCCGCCGCGGCCGCGCUCUUCGCUUGGGGUGCAAAUAGUUAUGGGCAACUUGGCCUUGGCCAUAAGCAAGAUGUGCUUUUGCCCCAGCAACUGACUGACUUCUGCAAACCUGAGUGUGUCAGGAAAAUCACAGGAGGAGGGGGACAUUCUACAAUUGUCAUAGAUGGAGGAGGCCUUUUUGUUUGUGGCUUGAACAAAGAUGGACAGUUGGGGCUUGGUCAUACAGAAGAUGUUCUGUGUUUUACUUUCUGCAAAUCCCUUGGUGGCUGUCCCAUCCAGCAGGUGGCCUGUGGCUGGGAUUUCACCAUUAUGCUCACAGAAAGUGGUCAAGUUCUAUCAUGUGGAUCCAACGCCUUCGGCCAGUUAGGUGUUCCUCCUGGGCCUCGAAGAUGUUUGGUUCCCCAGGCCAUUGAGCUCCUGAGAGAGAAGGUUGUUUGUGUUGCUGCUGGACUGAGGCAUGCACUAGCUGCUACAGUGAGCGGCACUGUGUUCCAGUGGGGGACUGGCUUGGCAUCAUCUGGACGGCAGUUAUGCCCUGGGCAUACUCUUCCAUUGUUUUUGACAGCAGAGGAACCAAGUAGAGUUACAGGCCUAGAGAAUUCUAAAGCAAUAUGUGUUCUCGCCGGCUCAGCCCACUCGGCUGCAUUAACAGAAACUGGCAAGGUGUUUACGUGGGGCCGAGCAGACUAUGGUCAACUAGGGAGGAAUCUGGACACUCAAGAAGACUGGAAACUGGAAAAGCAGGAUUCUUUCUGCCCCUGCUCAGGACCAGAGAACUGCACACCUUCGUCUCUGCCUUGCCUGAUGGGAGCUGCAGAGAUCUCCUGUGGCUCAGAACAUAAUUUGGCAGUAAUUGGUGGGACGUGUUAUUCCUGGGGAUGGAAUGAGCAUGGCAUGUGCGGGGAUGGCACUGAAGCCAAUGUCUGGGCCCCAAAGCCUGUGCAAGACCUGCUGUUGGUGCCAGGACUCCUUGUGGGCUGUGGGGCUGGCCACUCCCUUGCCCUCUGUCAGCUGCCAGGACAACCUGCUCCAGACAAGGAUCUCAACGUCACAUACCAUCCCUCAAAUGCCAUUGGGGACACUGAAUCUCAGGAAGCGUUGGACAAAGAGAAGCUGGAAGGAGAGAUAGCAAUUUCAACCCAAAGCCAAACUGACAAAUCCAGAAAUGAGAAACUGUGAUAGAGAAUGUUUAAUAAAGUGGCUUUUCCCACCAGACGUUUUCCCAGAGACUCACUGUGUUAGGCUGUAGGUUGACUUGAGCCAACAAACCAGAAAAUGGGCAACUGCUUGCCCUGUGUUCAGCUCAACUCAAGGAGACAUCUUUACUCAGCGAGGCAGUGAAGAGGUAGGUCUGUAUGAAAGGACAUGGAAAGCUAAAGCCCCAGCAGGAAGCCUCCGACCUCACCCUGACUGGCAGAUAGAAAACCCUGCCAUAGCCCUGGUGGGUUCAGCAGCCUUUGGUUUGCAAAACAGAGGACUCUAGCAGCCCCAAGCCUAUCCUUAGGUUGUACUCUCAGGACCUAGAGCAGGCAGCUUGCAUGUUCAGAGAUAUUGAGGUCCACUGCCUGGAGAUUAGGGAAAGAAGG